AUGUUGGAAAAAUUAGUCAGCCUGGUGACCAUCCGGAAUGAAACGGUCCGUCAGGGUCUGGCAGAAGCUCUGGGGACCUUCCUCCUGAUGAUCUUUGGCCUUUGCUCCGUGGCACAAGUUGUGUUGGGGAAGCACAAGUUUGGAGAGUACUUGAGCAUCAAUCUUGGGUUCGGGUUUGGUGUUAUGUUGGGAGUCCAUGCUGCUGGUGGCAUCUCAGGGGCUCACCUGAAUGCGUCCAUCACUUUCGCCAAUUGCGUAGUUGGAAAUGUACUUUGGCGCAAACUCCCGGCGUACGUGAUUGGACAGUUCUUCGGAUCGUUCACCGCAGCGGCUGUUGCAUUUGUUUUGUAUUAUGAAGCCCUGCAGGAUUACACAGGAGGCAACCUAACCGUCACGGGGCCCACGGCCACUGCGGGCAUCUUUGCCACCUAUCCUGCCCCUUUCGUCUCUCUGUGGAACGGCUUCCUCCAGGAGUUUAUCGCAAGCAGCAUGCUUAUGAUCGGUAUCCUUGCCAUCCACGAUCGGAAGAAUGCCGGAGCCCUGCCGGGCACCAAUGCCUUAAUCACUGGGCUGUUGGUCGUGGUCAUUGGCAUGUCUAUGGGGAUGAACACCGGCUACGCCAUCAACCCUUCCAGGGACCUACCUCCUCGGAUUUUCACUGCCCUCGCGGGAUGGGGCUUAGAGGUGUUUCGAGCAGGCAACUGUUGGUGGUGGGUGCCGAUGUUGGCUCCGACGCUCGGAUGCCUCCUUGGGAUAUUCAUCUACAACAUCCUGAUCGACUUCCACAAUCGCCCCUCGUCGGAUCCAGAACCUUCGAAGCAAGACCCGGAGGCCGAGUUGUCUCCCAUGUGA